AUGCCAAAGUCUAAGAGAAACAUUACCAUAUCGUUAACCAAGGUAAAAAAAAAGUUGAAUAAAAAAGAAUUGAAGGAACAGAAACUUUCCGAAUUGAAAAAAUUUAUUGAAAUCCCCAAUAUUUUUAUUUACGUUUUGGACAUUAGAACAUGUUCUAAUAAUAACUUGAAGCAGGCCAUCGAGUACUUCAAGCCAGACGGAAAAUUUUUUAUAGGGAAAAAUAAAUUAAUGAAAGUGGCCCUCGGAAAAAACGAAAAAAGUGAAUUCAAACCGAAUGUCUUCAAGGUGGCUGAGCUCCUUGUGGGGAAUAGAAUUCUCUUAAUUACGAAAGAUGCACCUCUGAAAGUCUUAAAAUUUUUCAACGAAUUUCAACCUGAAGAAUACAUAAAACCAGGAAAUAUAUGCACACAAGAUGUGACCUUAAAAUGUGGAGAUGUAUUAGAUGUUCCUGUUUCUAUGCAGAAAGAUUUACAAAAAAGAAAACUAAAUUUCGAUAUCAUUGAUCAAAAAAUUAUUUUACGAGAAGAUAAAAUAUUAGCAGAAAAAGAUAAGCUUAUGAGUGUUGAAAAUUCCAAACUGUUAAGAAUGUUAAAUAUGAAAAUUUCACAUUUUGAUAUAACUGUGUUGGGCUAUUGGAACAUGAAUAAUUUUGUUUCUUUGAUGUAG